UUCACGUACAAUACAAAAUAAAUGCACUGCCAUAGUCAUCAAUAAACCAGAUCCGAUCUGCCAUAGCUCUCUCUCUCAUCCAUUUAUUUUGCCCGGGAUUUAAGCAUGGAUUCCUCAGGUAAUGUCCCAAGAUGGACACCAAGCCCGGCAAGAUCACCACAAAAAGAGCCUGAACCAGCUGAUCACGAUGACUCUGAAGUCCAAAGCAUAGUUUCUGAAGAAGAUAACAAGAAGUUAUCCAAGAUGGCAACAAAUUUUCCCUUCAGCACUGGCUUUACGAGGAGCAGUAAUCCUCCUCCUGACUCGGGUAUUCAUGGAGUUCCCUCUCUCAGGAUUGAGAUGGAGCCAGUUGACUGCACAACACAAGGAGAUGGUAUUUUCUUGACAUGGACUGAUCUAUUGGUGAGCGUGUCCGGAGGCAAAAAGGGACCCAGGGCGAUCUUACAGGGGCUCACCGGGUAUGCUCAGCCUGGCGAGGUACUAGCCAUCAUGGGACCCUCAGGUUGUGGCAAGUCCACCCUUCUUGAUGCAUUGGCAGGAAGACUAAGUUCGAAUACACGACAGACUGGGGAGAUCUUAAUUAAUGGUCGAAAGGAAACACUUGCCUUUGGAACUUCGGCUUAUGUGACUCAAGAUGAUACUCUAAUGACAACACUCACAGUAAGGGAAGCUGUUUACUACUCGGCACAGCUUCAAUUGCCUGACUCCAUGUCAAAAUCUGAAAAGAAGGAAAGAGCUGAGAUGACAAUUAGGGAAAUGGGGUUGCAAGAUUCCAUGGAUACAAGAAUUGGAGGGUGGAGCACAAAAGGACUUAGCGGUGGACAAAAGAGGAGAGUUAGCAUUUGCAUUGAGAUCUUAACAAGGCCAAAGCUUCUCUUCCUUGAUGAGCCUACUAGUGGACUAGACAGUGCAGCAUCCUACCAUGUCAUGAGUCGCAUUGUCAAGCUAGCCCGCCGAGAUGGAAGGACUGUAAUUGCAUCGAUUCAUCAACCUAGCAGUGAAGUUUUUCAGCUCUUCCACGAUCUCUGCCUUCUCUCUUCUGGCAAAACUGUCUAUUUUGGUCCUAUUUCAAUGGCAGAGCAGUUUUUUGCUACAAAUGGCUUCCCAUGUCCAGUUUUGAGGAACCCAUCAGAUCACUAUCUUAGAACCAUCAACAAAGACUUUGAUGAAGACAUAGAACAAGGAAAAGGUAGCAUUAACACAGAAAAAGUCAUCGACACUCUCGUCAAGUCCUACAAGUCAUCAGAGAUAUGGAAGCAAGUUGAGCAACACGUACUCAAGAUAUCCCAAAAUAGAGAAGGACCUCUAGAGAAGAAGGGAAGCCAAGCAAGCUUCAUUACCCAAAGCAUUGUUCUUACAAAGAGAUCCUUUGUCAAUAUGUAUCGUGAUCUAGGUUAUUACUGGCUUCGCCUUGCAAUCUACAUUGCAUUAUGUUUAUGUGUUGGGACUAUCUUCUAUGAUAUUGGCUUGACUUUUGGCUCCAUUCAGGCUAGAGGCUCCAUGCUCAUGUUUGUUGCAGCAUUCUUGACAUUCAUGGCAAUAGGUGGAUUCCCUUCUUUCGUUGAGGACAUGAAGAUCUUUGGACGUGAAAGAUUAAAUGGACAUUAUGGGGUUGGAGCAUUUGUCAUUGGAAACACGCUUUCAUCCGUCCCUUACUUGUUUUUGAUCUCUUUGAUCCCUGGAGCUCUAGCUUAUUACCUGGUUGGACUUCAGAAGAGUUUUGAACAUUUUGCCUACUUCGUGAUAUUGCUCUUCACUUGCAUGAUGCUGGUUGAGAGCUUAAUGAUGACUGUUGCAAGCAUCGUGCCAGAUUUUCUCAUGGGAAUCAUAACGGGAGCCGGUAUCCAAGGGGUGAUGAUGCUAAAUGGAGGCUUCUUCCGGUUGCCAGAUGAUCUUCCUAAACCAUUUUGGAGAUACCCCAUGUACUACAUUGCUUUUCACAAGUACGCAAAUCAAGGAUUCUACAAGAAUGAAUUUCAAGGAUUAACUUUUCCCAACAAUCAAGCAGGAGGACCUCCCACCAUUACUGGUGAUGAAAUCUUGAGAAAUUUUUGGCAGGUAGAGAUGGGCUACUCUAAAUGGAUUGACAUUGCCAUCUUGUUUGGCAUGGUAGUUAUAUAUCGUCUCAUGUUUUGGGGAAUUAUUAAGACUGUUGAAAAGGUUAAGCCUCUCAUUAAAGCUUAUAUGGCAGUUAAGUUAGUUGCUCCUACGCAGUCAAGUCAGAUAUCAGAAAAUCCACUCUCCAGUCCUUAAAAAUAAGAAAUGCUACGAUGUAUUUAAUUACUAGUAUUAUUUAUGGCUUUCUUUAGGUUUGCUUGUUACGUUUGCAGGUUGAAUAAAACUUGACUACUCUCCUAGUGUGAAAAUGGAGGAUAAAAGUAUUAUCCUUUUUCUGAUUUGCAAAUCCUUUGUUAGAGUUAGGCUCUGUUUACAAUACUCUUCAGUGUGAAAAGUUAGUUUUCAAUUUAGAGAAGUAGUGUUGUGUGCUAA